UGAGUUUGUUGCGCAAUCAUACCGCGUUGCAAAAAGUAUUCAUAUAUCUGACAAUAUGAUCGGUCUCGGCGAUGUCACAGAAUUAGGAGGAUGGGAUGUGGUGGUAUUCGUAUUCGUGGUUUACGUGAUUUGUGUAGUGUUCUUGAAGAAGUCCACAAAAGACGUACGUCCGGAUGAGGGAGAGGAAGAGGAUGCUCCGGAUGGUCUUCCACCCAUGCAGAAGAGGGAUUUCACUGUGGAAGAGUUGCUACCAUUUGACGGCGUACGAAAUGAACGAAUUCUUAUGGCUAUUUGUGGGACGGUAUUUGAUGUGACGAAAGGAAGCUUAUUUUAUGGCCCUGAAGGUGCAUAUGCUAAAUUGGCAGGUCACGAUGCGACGCGAGCAUUGGCGACGAUGGACGUCACUUUGGUCAAAGAUACUCCAGAUGACCUAAGGGACGUUUCGGAUUUGGAUCUUAAUACAGCGAAAGAAUGGAUGCAGUCAUUCAUGUACAAAUAUCCUGUUGUGGGGAAAUUGCUGGCCGAGGGCGAAGAGCCGACCGAUUACAAAGACGAAUUUGCAUCGUUAUAAACUGCUCAGAAUUCUAAUAUCAUCCGUAAGAUUAAGAUGUCUCAAAUUUGCUUACGACUGUUUUAUUGGAAUAACCAUUAUAUUUACUGUUCUGUAAAUUUUAUUACAAAUUGUUAUCGUUGCUUAUUUUAUCCAUGGUGUUGGGAGAGGAACCACCUAAUAUGAGUAUCUGAGUUACUUGUGGUGCAUCGGGUUGUACGUUGUUUUUCAUUACCUCUCACUUUCACAUGUUGCUUAUAUCCUUCUUCUCCAUUUUGUUGCAGUUAUUUUAUUACUGAUACUAACAUCUGUCAUCUUCUACAUUAGCUUGAAUUCAUCAAAAUUCCGAAAUAAACG